AUGUCUAGACUGCCAGAGUUCGCAAGACGUUAUUCGGAUAAGGUUAAAGAAAACCUUGAAAAAGGUUAUAUUUCAAAAUUGAAUGACAGAGACGUAGCUGUCAGGACAGGAAAGACAUGGUUUUUACCGCACUUCGCGGUUUUUAAUCCUAACAAACCUGACAAGCUGCGAAUAGUUCUCGAUUGCGCCGCUAGGGUGUCGGGGAAAUCGCUCAAUGACCACCUUCUAAGCGGGCCUGACUUUUUGACUUCCCUCCCUGGGGUACUGCUCGCCUUCCGCUGCCACAAGGUGGCAGUAGUGGGUGACAUUCAAGAGAUGUUCCACAGGGUGCUAAUCAGGGAAGAGGACAGACAAGCACAGCGACUUCUAUGGGUCGAUGGUGAGUACGUCAUGAACGUCAUGACGUUUGGCGCCAUAUGUUCACCGGCAUCGGCUCAAUACGUAAAAAACCAAAAUGCUCGUCGCUUUGAAGACUCUCAUCCAAAAGCCGUAGACGCGAUAAUCAAUCACCACUACGUCGAUGACUAUAUCCACUCCAUUGAAACCAUAGACGAGGCGAUCAACACAGUGGAUGACGUACUACGGAUACAUGCAUCCGGAGGCUUCAACAUGCGAAACCUUAUGUCAAAUUCGAAGGAGCUACUGCGACCCCUGCCAGAAGAUAAGCUUGCACCUGGAGGAGUGAAAUUCUUGGCGGACAACAAAGAAGAGCAACUCGAACGAGUCCUAGGCGUUAACUGGGACCCUGAAGCAGACACCUUUGCUUUCAGCAUGAAGUUCCACAGCGUCAGCCAAGAUCUUCAGUCUGGAACGAAGCGCCCAAGCAAGCGAGAAGUGCUCCGCCUCAUUAUGAGCGUCUUUGACCCUUUAGGGUUUCUCCUACCGACCACCAUCAAGGGAAGACUGAUCCUUCAGGACGUCUGGAGAGAUGCCAUUGGCUGGGACGACGAGAUCGGGUCUAGCCAUUAUGACCGAUGGAAGACCUGGCUAAACAAGCUCGAACAAGCGAAGAGUACGAGGAUCCCAAGAUGGCUGAUGACUGAAGAUUCCGCCAUGGGAGAGCAGGUACAGCUUCAUAUCUUUUGUGACGCCAGCUCCCGAGCAUUCUCGACCGUCGCUUACCUACGACUGCCAUUGCUUAAAGGUAAAUGGCACCUAGCCUUUGUGAUGUCCCGAGGACGCAUAGCUCCACUCAAGACCCUCAGCAUCCCUCGACUCGAACUUCAAGCUGCUGUCAUGGGUGCUCGUCUCUCCCGCGUUUUGAGGGAGUACAUUAAAUUUGACGGACCUACGACGUUCUGGACCGACUCGAAGACUGUUGUCGCCUGGCUGAAGUCUGACACGGGGCGUUUCAAGCCUUUCGUCGCGCAUCGCGUUGCCGAAGUCACCGAGCUGACAGACUUCCGUGACUGGAGGUGGGUGCCGACGGACCUCAACCCUGCCGACGACGCAACGCGCGAUGCAGACGCCAUCGAUCGCUCGAGAUGGCUGAACGGACCCGACUUCCUGAAACAGCCCGAAGAGACCUGGCCCAAACCUGACACUGAAGCAUCUUUGGACCCCGACGACGUUGAGGUCAAGGCCGUGUGCUUAAUAAACAGACAUUGCGGACGUGCUCUCCCAGACAUCAGACGGUUCUCCAAAUAUUGGAGAUUCGUGAGGUCUGUAGCCUGGCUUCUCAGGUACGUGAGGAACGCCAGACAACAGCAACUAGGCUCUAUACAAGCCGGCGAACUGACUGCGCAGGAGCUCGACAAUGCUGAACGACUGUGUGCCGUUGACUCCCAAGAGAGAACCUUUGCCGAAGAAAUCUCCACGCUACGACGGUCUAACACGGUGAGCAACAAAAGCUGCCUUCGGCAGCUGACCCCGUAUUUAGACUCUGAUGGUCUCCUACGUGCCCGUGGUAGGACCGAAUCCGCGGUAAGCCUGACUGCAGAAGCCAAACGCCCAAUCAUCUUGCACCCGAAAGAUGAGUUUACGCGACUGCUGGUCCGCCAGCAACAUCUUGACCAAGCGCACGUGAACCGAGAAGAAGCUCACCUCAACCUAAGACGCAAGUGGUGGAUAGUCAGCGGGAGGAAUGCUGUGAAAACCGCCUGGAACGACUGCCAGGUCUGCAAGAAUGCUCGUGUCAAGCCGUCUCCCCCACUAAUGGGGCAGCUGCCGGACAUGAGAGUCACGCCAACAGGCCGUGCCUUCACUCAUACUGGACUCGAUUACUUCGGGGGAGCUGACCGCGAACUCACGCAAGCCGUACGAGCCAUCGACCGAGACGAGCUUACCCGCUUCAGUAGCCCUCGGCAGAUAGAAUGGAGAUUUAUUGCUCCUGUAGCUCCGCACAUGGGAGGCUGCUGGGAGCGAAUGGUCAGAGCCGUGAAGACUGCGCUGAAAGCCACCCUCAAUACCAGGAUCCCCAGGGAGGACACCCUCACCACUCUGCUGGCUGAGGCGGAAGCAAUCGUGAACGGCAGGCCGCUUACCUACGUCCCCCUAGAUCACAAUGACGACUUACCACUUACGCCUAAUGACUUCCUAAUGCCGAUGACAGACCGGACAGGAAUGACUGCAACUUCCGGAACCUUCAACGACGGGGACCUCCUGCGGCGGUCGUGGCGAGAGUCUCAGAGGCUGGCUGACUUACUGUGGAAGCGCUGGGUGAAGGAGUAUUUACCCACCUUGACAAGGCGCGAAAAGUGGUACCAGUCCUCAACCCCCCUCGCUGAAGGUGACAUAGUCGUCAUAGCCGACAGCCAGUCACCUCGCAACCUGUGGCCGCGAGGAAGAGUAGUGAAGACUUACCCAGGACGUGACGGACAGGUCCGAGUGGCAGACGUCCAAACCGGUCAUGGACUGUACCAGCGACCGGUGACUAAACUAUGUAGACUUGACGUGAGACCGACGCAGGAUUGA